AUGACUCACCACCACCACCACCGCCGCCGGCCGACUACACACCUUUACCAGCUGUCCUACCUCAUCCUAGUUAUUUCCCUCUUCGCGUUGUCUUCUGUCGUUGCACAGUCAUCAGGCUCAACCUCAAGUUCGUCGACCCUCGGGAUAUCGGAAGCGACAGCUACCCCGGCUAGUGCGGCGACGAGUGAGGGGGUUGUGAUGGUUGUUGUUGCGGUUGUGAGUGUGUUUAUUGCGUUGAUGAUGGUGUGA